UGUUUGGUUUUUGUAUAGUCUAUGCACAUUUGGCCUCUUUCAUUUUUUAUUUCCAAACCAUAUUUUCAAACAUAUUUUUAUGUCUUUUACCAUGAUAUUUGUAGUAAAGUCAUCAUAUGUUAAAUUAUAUGUUGAUUUAAUUUGGAGAGUAUUGAAUCCUUCACAGAUAUUUUCUCUGUCCUCUGCAGUGGAUAUUUGUACGUAUAUUCACAGUAUUUAAUUGGAGGUCUUUUGCUCAUCAGUAGCACCACAAUAAGAAAUGAUCAAAUAUCCCAAGAAGAAAUGUUUCUUGUUGCCUGUAGAGAUGGACACAGCUGGGAAGCACAGUGGAUAGAACACGAGGCUUAGAGGCCGGAGGCACUGGGUCCAGCUCUGGCUUUUAGACACCUCUAAGGUGUGUACCCUAGGCAAGUCACUUAGGCCCAAUUGCAUAGCUCUUCAACUGAUACUAAGACAGGAGGUAAAAGUUUAAGAAAAACAUCCAAAGAUGAUCAGUUAGAAUGAUGAGCUGAAUUUGAUAAGUUGAAAUGAAGUUAGGGAAAAAUCUCAAGUCCUAAACUUCAAGACUCAAUUGUAUAAAAAAAAAUAGAAUACAAGAAAUAUAGCUAGAAAACAAUUUCUAGGAACAAGAUUUGGGGAGGCGGGAUUGAGAGAACUUAAAACUCAGUGGAUCCACUGUGGCCUGGCUACCAAAAGAGUUAAUGCCAUACUAAUCAAUCAAUAAGUCUUUUGUAAACACGUAUGAUGUGAAGACUUGUAGAGUCUAUUUCAAGGCUGCUCAGCCAUCUUUGAUGUCCAUCUUUCACCCAACUCUCAACUUUGUCUCCAAGAAGCUGAAUCAUGUCCAGCAGUCACUCUGGAAACACCAUGUCAGCAGAUGGGCUAAGCCAUAUUGAGGAUGACCCAAAACACUACAUCAAUCCUCAUAGUGGUGAGCAGCUUGGUUGGAGUCACAGUCGGGGCAAUAUGCCUGUGGCAGGCCUACAGCAGAUGGAGGGGCGCAACCACAGGGAUGAUGGAGGAAGAGGAAGAGGAGGAGGAAGUAGACAAAUGGACCUCCACUAUACCACCACAACCACCAGAAGAGCUGUCACAGGGAGAUUUGGAUAUGAUAUUCUCCAACGUGGAUGAUAUUAUCGUGAUCAACAGCCGUUUUCUCAAAGGCCUUGAAAAGUCAGAUUCUGAAGGACAGCUACACUUACUUGGUAAUUCAUUCCUUGAAUUCAAAGAGGAGAUGGAAAAUACCUCUAAGGUCUACUGUGCCAGCUAUGACCAGGCUUUGGCCCUGAUGGAGAUGUAUAAGAAGGUACCCAACCUACAGAAAGUGAUUCAUGAUGGCAUCACUGCACUGGUGCCACAGGCUAGAGCUUCAGGCCUCAGUUUCCUGCUGGUGAUACCUGUGCAGCCGGUGACCAGAUACCCACCCCUACUGCUGAAGAUACUAGAGAACCCACCACCUGAUGACCAGGCCUAUGAGGCCUUGCAGAGGGACACCAGAGCCACACAAGAAGUUAAUUCCAAUGUCAACGAGUAUAAGAGGUGGAGGGAAAAUGCCACAGACUACAAGGUGGAGCCUCUGACAGCCAGGGAGCCCUGGGCCCAGAUGAAGACGCUGCGCCCAAGUCAGUGCAAGCAAGGAGCUGGGAUCGGGACCCGGACACUCCAACCUGCUGCAGACACACAGGUCAAGGCCCUUGUGAACAAGUAUGGUCCCAGCAAGCUCUGCCAGAUGACAAGUAACAUCAACGGUAUUGGAAAUCUGGCUGUGACCCUUCAGAGAGGGCAGAUUGUGGCUCCCCUUCAGGACAGGGAUAUCAAAGGAAAUACUAGUUGUUGGAUGGUGGACACUGGAGGUAUUUAUACAAGGAACUGUGCAGUCUCUCUUCUUUGUCUGGGGAGAGCCCACAGCCACUCCUCAAAGGCUUUUCUACCGAACAUUCAACAAAUCAUGUCCACUAUGUCACAUAAAGAUUAAUAAAAGAAUAUCUUUUUUUUUCCUAGAGAAGAGAAGGCUUAGAGAGUCCAUGUUCAGUGUUCAAAUAUCUGAGUGGUUGUCAUGGAGAAGAGAAAUAUAAAUUUUAAUGUCUGACAUCUGUGUGUCACUAAUUACAAUUUAUAAAGCCCUUUUCA